AUGUCUGAAAAUGCUGAUGUGAACUUGAUCGGUCGGGUAGAUGCCGGAAAAAUGAGAGCUAAGGCGCAAAACAACGUAAAUCUUUUGACAGCUUCCGGUCAGGCCAAUCACCGUUUCGGGACUUUAUCGAUUGAAUGUAGAAGAAUGGAAGGCCAAAAUGCAAAAAAUUUGCUAGAAGGCAAUGGGGUGUUCCGAUCGAUGGAAGUUAGAGAUAUGCUCGAUUUGGCUGUCACCGAUGAAAAACUCGUACUCGGAAGCCUCAGUCGAAAUUGCAGUUUAUCGUUGAAAUUCAAAAGUAUUGAUAUUGUCGGCCGAGUUUCAACGUCAAAAUCAUUUCAUGCACAAGCUUUAGAUGGGGAUCUUAACUUGAAUGAUGCGAGUUUAUCAGCUGGCGGUGAUGUUGGGCUGAUGAGCAAUAGAGGCUCAAUAAAUGUAAAACAUUCGGAUGUUGCAGGAAACUCGAUUCACAUGAAAGCUGCUCGAGACAUAAAUAUACAUGCGGCGAAACAUUCGGGAUCGAGAGCAAAAGCAAGCAAUAUUAGAGCUGGAAAAGGAAAUGCUUAUGGGAGCGAAGGGCGCACGAAAGGUCUGUUUGCCCUAAUCGAGUGUUUGAAUAUACAGCGAACUUCGAUA